UCAUGAGAGAUGUCUUUCUUGCGAAUGUAAACAAACGACAGAAAACGUGACCAUACCACGAAAACUGUAAACUUUGCAAAACAAAAGUUAUUUAGUCUAAAACCCUGUAAAAGAAGAAAGAAGAAGAAGAAAAGUUAUUUAAGAAUAACUGAAUAUAUUUGAAGAUGGAGAUUGGGACUUCAAAAAUCUAUAAUGAUUUACCCAGUGUCAUUUGUAAGCGUUCAUCAUCCUUGAUGGAUCUUCCAGCACAAAAGAAUGCCGAGGAACUUUCCAAAAAAAGGGAAUUUAAAGACUUGAUACAGUCACUCCUCCCAGAAGGUGAUAAGGAUGAGAUUGAUACACAGUUACGAAAAGGGUUUUUACUUACACAGAAGAGGCAAAGAAAAAUUCCUGAGUCAGGAAAGAAAAAAAUUGGUAAAGCUAAUGGCAUGCAACACCGUGGAAAGAAACGUUUGUCUGGUCGAGAAAGAAGAGAAUUAGGCCUACACAAGAUAGACAAGAACAAUAAAACAUUUGAAAUGUUUUUGCCCAUUAAUGAUAUGUGGAAAAGUUAUUCUAAAGAUCUCCUUGGGAUUGAACAUUAUAUAAAAGGUGGAUGGAAAGGAGGUUAUAAUGACAGUAGGACAGAUACUAUACAAAAUAAAUUAAGAAGAAUAGAGUAUUUUGGCUGCUUGGUGCGAGUGACCAAAUCACGUUGCUCAGAGUUUGUAGGCACCACAGGGAUUAUCAUUAAGGAAACAAAGAAUACUUUUGUAAUGAUAUGUCCUGAUGACAGAGUGAAAACUAUCCCAAAGCUGCAUAGUGAGUUUAGUUUUGUAAUUCAAGAUAUUGGCUUUUCAAUUUCAGGGAACCAUCUUCAUCAAAGAUCAGUGGAAAGGGCUAAAAAUAAUUUCAAGAAAUUGCAACUAUGGUUGUAAUCAUUCCUAUUGUUUCAUCGUCAUUAUAUAUUACCAAUAAAUUGUGGUAUUUCUGGAAUAAAGUUUGAAGUAUCAACUGUGUCUUUUUUCUUGUUGACAGUAUUGAAGGAUUUUUAGUUAUCCUAGAUAGAGAUUGGAACAUAAAUCAGGAGAUAUCAUGUUUUGUA